CUCCGAUUACUGCUCAUCACAAUUAUCGCUUGCGGCUUUAUUGGCAAAAGCAAUGCCUAUUGUUCGCUUGAGAAGAUGAAGAAAUUCGCCAUGGAAGCGUGCGAGCAUCUAUUCAUGCAAGACGAGGCGAGGGAGAAGCGUUCGCUGUCCAUGCAAUAUGAUCACAAUGUAAUACAUCACAAUGAAUAUCCCAAAAUCAACGAUAAGAGUCAUUACAUCAGUCGCAGUUUAUAUCCACGUGGUGGUUAUUUGAAAGUGGGUCAAGAGCAUUUCCAAAUUCUCAGCCAAAUCGAUGUGGUGCCACGUUACAAGCCAAAGAAGCUGCAUCACGACAAGAAGGAACGCUAUAAGCGUGAGCAUGCGCUCAGCUACAACAACAUACCCUAUUGUUGUUACAACAAAUGUGAAGAGGAUUUCUUUUGCUAAGCGUUUUACAAACUAUUUAGCGCGAUUUUGCGUCGUGUCACAAGCAACCGUCCAGCGGGUGGCAGACUGGCAGAUAGAAUCAGCCACCUUUAGCCAUUUCAAUUCCAGCCAAUUAAAAAUGCGGCCAAUAGUCACUUAAAAACAACACAUACAUACAUACAUAUGUACAUAUGUAAAUACUUUACUACUAAAUGUAUGUUGGAUUUUUAUACCUACUAUUAAUUUUUUACUUGUACAGUUUAAAGUUUAGUUUUAAUUCGAAUUUUAGUUAAAUAUGAUAUUCCUAUUAGCGCUGCUAAGCGGCGCACAAUGCACCAUGUGUACCUUAUUGAUUAGUAUUUAUUAUUAUUAUUAUAGACAUACAUAUGUAUGUAUGUGCAUGCGUACACACAUUGCAAUGUAUUUGCAUAUAUAUGUAUAUGUAUAUACACGCAUGCAUACAGAUAAGUAUUUCGUAAAAGAAGAAGAAGAAAAAAACACAUUACAUGCCAAACAAUGUCAAGUUGUUAAUAUCUAAUUUCAUUUCACAUUUAUUCAAAGUGGUUUGUGCACUGUGUGCAUACAUACAUACAUAUGUAAGUAUGUACAUAUCUACAUACCAACAAUCAUUUAUACGCGCAUACAAACAUUAUUCAACUAUCUUUCGUUUCUUAUCCAUCAGUCAGUAUUAGCAGUGAGUAGAUACUGCCUAUUCCUAAACAUUAACAUCAAUGUACUACCAUCAUUCAAUUACUUC